GCAAGCUGCGCCCCGAUCCCCUGAGUGGAACUCAACUAUGGAGGGCGCCCUACAUGUACUCCACCCGAGCUUGCAAAAUUGUAGGUCACACGGGGUUUUGUUACCGAGGUUUUGUCCUUUUACGGAUGAUUUAUUCCAGUAAAAUUUUCUCAGCCUUGUCAUGAUCAGUGUUUGUAUUCCAAACAUCAGGCAGGUCGUGCAGGAUGAUGAGAAAUACACGACUUACCAGGUGCACGUCCAAGUCUCCGGUAAAACCCACGUCAUUGAGAAGCGAUACAGUGAAUUCCAUUCAUUACAUAAACAGGUUAAGAAGUCCAUUGAGACGCCCGACUUUCCCCCAAAGAAAAUGCGAUCACUGACAGUGAAAGGCAUCGAACAGAGAAGGCAGGCGUUGGAGACGUAUCUACAGACACUCCUAGACAAAGACAAUGUGCCCAAGUCCUUGUUGACUUUCCUCAAAGUCAAGAACCUCAGAACUGUCAGCUACGAUUCACUGGAUGAACUGGGGAAAGAACCUCAAAGGUCCAGCCACCAGCCAGUGAUGUCCUUCCAAAGUGACGCCUACCUCCACCCUCCGUCAUGUGACAGUGGCCUGCCAGACAGCCUGGACGAAGGGGUGCGAAUGGGACUCUACGAGGACGUUGUGGAGGUCACAUGAUGUCAUCGGUCACAUGAUUUCAUUGGUCACAUGUCAUUGAUGACAUGAUGUUGUCGGUCACAUGAUGUGAUCAUUCACAUGUCAUUGGUCACAUCAUGCCAUUGGUCACAUGAUGUCAUUAAUCACAUAAAAUCAUUACCAACAUGAUGUCAUUGGUUUUUAUGUCAGUGGUUUGAUUAUGUUAUUAGUCACAUGAUGUCAUUAGUCACAUGACCUCAGUGCACAUGAUACAUCAUGUGUUAUAGCAUGGCCUGUAGUGUGCUGCAUUCUUUAGAUCACCCCUUAUUGUUUUUUCAAAUUACUGAAAUUUUCGGGCGGGGGGUGGGGUGGCUGCUGUGCUCUUCAUGACAUCUUGCCCAUUUCACCGCCAUGAGCAAUGCAACCCCACUUAACUGAUACAUGUAUAUGUAAGAAAAAAAAAAGAAAAAAGAUCUUCCCUUACUAAUGGCAGUUACAAUCUGCCGAUUUUGGAUAUUUUUGUUUGUCAGAACAGUUCACCUGUGUUAUGAUAUAAUGAAUUUGGUAAAUAAUUUUACAUUAGCAAAAUGAUCAAUUUUUGCCAGUUCAUAUCUUCCAGUCAGCAUUGGCCAAAUUUUGGCAUUGUUUGUUUGUUGUUUAUAUCUUUGUUUUAGAUACUGUUCUGUGAAAAUGUUUGCCGUAUGAUACCUGUAAGUGCAAUCACUAUCAAUAUUCUAUAAUACGUGUCAUUAUUAAAUAAUAAUAUGUUCUCCUAUUUUUCACUUAAUAUUGUUGACUGCUGUGAUGUGGGUUGUGACCUUUUUAACUCCCGUUUGGGCGCCAUGGGCGCAUAGCACCCUCAUAUGCGCCCCUCGGGUGUUACAAACGUCAUAUCCCACAUCACAGCAGUCAACAAUUGUUUUGUUAUAUCGUGCCAAUAUAAACUCAGAAAGAUAAAUGGUUGAAACGUAUGCGCCUAUCAAAUGUUCAAACAGUAUCCAAGUAUCCAAGCCAGUCUCCUGACGAUGACUAGAGCAGGCUAGUCGAAACGUUGAGACCAAAGACAAGUUCGUUUAGAACUUACAGCAGGACUGUUCUUAUCAGAACAAAAAACUACUUAGCAAAGUUGAUAAUAAGCAGGACAAGUUCUUUUCAGAACUAAUAUCUUCUAAGCAGUAGUUAUUACCACAUGGUGUUGCCGCAAACCGAAACGAUACCGAUACCCCACCAUGCAAAGCCUCAAAUCUUAUAUCAGUAUCCAAGCACACGAUAUAACAAUGAACGUUAGCAUGAUCUUUAUUAUUGCAUGUUACUGAUGUAAUAUCAUUUUAGCUUCUUUUAAAUUUUCAGAAGGUAGUAUCAUUGCAUUUUAACUUCACUAUGAGUAAUACAUAUUUUAUUUUCUCAUAUUUCAAUGUCACUUAUAUGAUCAGUAAAAUUGGUUAACUUUAUGAGGAUCGAAUGAAAUUGACGUGUGAAAUAAAUUUAAAGUGAACGAA